UUUUUUUUUUCCUAAAUAUGUACGUGACAAAAAGAGGAGAAACAAGUAAAAAUCAACCUUAUAAAUCUUUGAAAGAUGAUAAUAAAUUAAAAAGAGUUAAAAAAAACCCCAUUCAAAACAUUCUUUCAACACUACCUCAACUUGCUAUUUCAUUUGCCAUCUUAUGUUUCGCCUCGACUAGUUUCCAGUCAAUAACAGUAAAAUUAAGUUCUUUAUUUUAUAUAGCCUUGACUACAGGUCUUAUUGUGUGUAUUGUAUUCUUGAUAUUACAACUUCAAGGGGCUGAAUAUAAAAAUUGGCAGCAAAAUCCAAAAACAAAGCAAUAUAUUCAAUUAGCCAGUUUAUGUACGCUUAUUUCAUUUUUUGGUUUUAAUAUUUCAUUAUGGUCCAUUUAUGGUAUCUUAACUCCAAUUAUAAUAAUUGCAGGUUUUGUUUUUAUAUUAUCUCUAUUAAUUAUUAUUACAACUGUGUUUAUUUCAUAAUAAAAUAUAAACUAGCAAGAAAAGUACUUUUUUUAGUCUGUCUGAUGAAGCGUUCAUUUUAUAUACAAUUGUCAAAUAUAAAGCUCUUUAAAUAAUAUAAUUUCACCAAAAAGGCCCUUCUAUACGAUACGGCUAUACUCAACAAACAUGUCAUUGAUAGACUCAAUUCUCUC